CGAUACUCUAUACACAGCGACGUGUGUACAUUGUAAAAGUUAAUUGUAAAAGUAAUAAAUAAGUUUUAAAUUCGAAAAUGUUAUCGAAAACCGGAUUGGUUGCUUCAAGACUGAGUCGCUCUGUGAAUUUAAGACUGUCACGUAGCUUGUCUUCCACCAAGGAUAGCUACCUGCACAACCCUGGCACAGAACCUCUGAACUACUCCACCUUGGGUGACGUCAUCCUAGAGACAGCUCACAAGUACCCAGGCAGGGUCGCUGUUAAGUCAGUCCAUGAAGGCGUGACUCUUACUUAUGAGGAGUUACUUACACAGGCCGACAGAUUAGGAUGUGCCUUGCGAGCCCAGGGUCUGGAGAAAGGCGACAGGAUUGGGAUCUGGUCGCACAACAACAGCGCUUGGAUCAUCGCGCUGGUGGCAGCGGCGAGGGUUGGACUGAUCUCAGCAGCUAUCAAUCCGUUAUAUGAGAAAUCAGAGCUAUCAUUUUGCAUCAAAAAGACUGCAAUGAAGAGUAUUAUCUUUGGAGAGGAACUGCCUAAUAGGAGUUACUACAACAUGCUAAGAAGCCUGAUCCCUGAACUGGAUACCGCUAAGCCAGGAGCUCUGAAAUCUGAUAGGUUUCCAAGUCUGACAUCCAUUAUCAGCUGCGAUAAAAGGGAAUUGCCAGGCACCACUAACAUCAACACCCUGAUCGCGGAUCACAGCAGCAACGAGGUGUCGAAGUACAGCAGUGACGUCACUUCCCGUGACGGGUGCAUCAUCCAGUUCACUUCCGGCACCACGGGUGAGCCUAAAGCACCUCUGGAUUCGCACUGUGGUGUGGUCAACAACACAUAUUUUGUAGGCAAGAGGUUUACGUUCCACGAAGGGCACCACAAAGUAUGCUUGCAGGCGCCCAUGUUCCACGCCCUCGGCUCCAUCAUCACGGUACUGGGUACUCUCAGACAUGGAUCCACGCUGGUGAUCGCUGCGCCCACCUACAAUGUCCACGCCAAUUUGAACGCCCUGAUCUCCGAGGAAUGUACAACAAUCACCGGUACGCCGACAAUGUUCGUGGACAUGCUGUCAGCCCUGCGCAGUAAGGGAGAUGUGCCUUCGAAGCUGCGCGUGGCGGUCGCCGCCGGAGCACCCUGCAGCCCCCAGCUCAUCAGAGACAUCCAGGGGCACUUGAAAGCGCGCUCUGUUCUUGCACUAUACGGGCUGACGGAGUCUACAGCUUGUAUCUUCUCAUCUCUCCCGGACGACAACAUAGACAUGGUUGCAGAGACCGUCGGCUACAUUCAAGACCAUGUUGAAGUCAAGGUAGUGGAUGAAGAAGGCAAGCCAGUCCCGAUGGGGGCACCCGGCGAGCUGGUCUCCAGGGGCUACAACACCAUGAUCGGCUACUGGGACGAGCCUAAGAAGACCAGCGACACCGUGGAUAAGGACGGAUGGCUGUAUACUGGAGAUAAGUUUACCAUCAGCGAAGACGGAUACGGUAGGAUAGUGGGCAGGCUGAAGGACAUCAUCGUCAGGGGAGGGGAGAACAUCGCCCCCAAAGAGAUCGAGGAUCUGCUCAACACACAUCCAGACAUCAUGGAAAGUCAGGUGGUAGGAGUGUCAGAUGAGCGGCUGGGUGAGGAGUUGUGUGCAGUCCUGCGAGUGAGAGAAGGGGCCACCGUCACUGUUGGCGACGUCGCCAAACACCUCACCGGUAGACUGGCGAGGUUCAAAAUCCCUCGCCUCCUGAAGCUGACCGACCAGUUCCCGAAGACAGCAUCAGGGAAAAUACAGAAGUUCAAAGUCAAAGAUAUGAUUGAAGCUGGGAAAUUGUGAUUUAUUUUAUUAAAGCAUUUAAUUUA